AUGGAGCGCGAAUCGAAGCGCAAAGCCGCAACGGCCGCGACGCCCGAAACCGAGGGUCGCGCAUCCAAAAGACAGAAGCUGCCGGACGACGACAAUGGCGACAAGGAGACGCCAGAGACGACUUUCGUCAAGGGAAUGAAGUUCCUCGAGACCAUGAAGGCGGCGAAGGAUAAGACCGGCCGCCCCAUUGCGACCAGCUUUCUCGAUCUUCCCGACAAGGAUACCAUUCCCGAGUACUACCAAGAGAUCAAGCUACCCAUCGCUUUCAGCACCAUUGAGGCCAAGCUGCAAGCUAGAGAAUACUCGACUCUUGCCGCUGUCGAGAGCGAUGUUAAGCGCAUGGUCAACAAUGCGAAGCAGUUCAACGACAAGAACUCCGCCAUAUACGCCGACGCCGAACGCGUGCGCAAGACAGCCUCCAAUUUCAUGACCAAGAACAACCCGGCCUAUAGGACUCCAGGAUACUCGGCGGUUGCUACGCCCAUCCCAGGCGAAGAGGCAAAUGGCGUCCCUAGCAGCGUCACUCGCCAACUCAGUGAGCGCCCGAAACGCAACGCCGCCGUUGCUCAGAUUGCAACCCAGAGCGUCCAGGCCACGCCGUCAAGAACGCGCAAGUCGGAGAGGCACCCGACGCCACGGCAAGAACAGACUCCGGGCCAGGAAACAGACUUUCGAGGCAAAACCUUCCAGGAGGCUCAGGAGGCGCUUAUCCAAGAAUUCAUUCACUACGCUGACCCUGAGGAGGGCCUUCAAAUAUAUCAACCCUUUGUCAACCUUCCGAAUCGCAGUUUGAAGGAAUAUUACGCUACGAUCAACACGCCCAUGUCCCUCAACCAAGUCUUGAAAAGGAUCCGGGGCUGGAUCAAUCGCGAACAUGGCUUCAGCGGAACGAGUGAUUUCAAAAACUGGCAGCAACUUGAGGAAUGCGCCCGCCUCAUUUGGGAGAACGCCCGGGAGUUCAACGAGGACGGUAGUGACAUGUAUAACUUGGCCGGCGAAUUCGAGGAACACUUCAAGCGCCGGCUAGCGGACGCGAUGGAGAAGGUGCCGGCGCCGAAACAGACGAUCAAGCUUACCAUGGGCUCGCAACAACAGCAAUCUCAGCAACAGAAGCCGUCCGGUAUCAAGCUGCGUCUAGGCGGAAACAAGAACAGCCCUGCGCCAAACGCCUCGACACCCGGAACUCCGGGUGCACGUAGUUCAAGCACACCAGGCGUCAUUGUUGACAAUGAUGCGCUAGAACGACAGCAAAAGCAUGUCCAAGCCGGGAUGAAUGGGCAGAGGCCACCAUCGUCAGGAGGACCUGGAGUUAGCACCACGCGCAGCGGAUCAGCCGCAUCACCUGCACCUAACGGGGUGAAAAGUGAGAAUCAAGCAGGCCAGUCGCCCGCCCUCGACAGCAUACGCCCUUCCAGUGCGGUGCCCGACUCACGGCCGGGAGCUUCUUCGCAGCCUCCAGGUAACUCAGCGGCUCCGCCUGGUGCUUCUCGUCCGGCGAGUGGAAGCCCAUACACCAACGGGCACGUAGCCAUGGCUCAUCCAUCGGCUCACUCGCUGAACGGGUUCGACAACAAGCACCGCCAGCCUGGAUCCAAUAUGGCCGACGCCCUCCUCCCCAAUGUCGCUAUUCACAGCCAUCCAGCUCUGAAGCUCAGUCGACCAUUCAAGUUCAACAUUCCGGCGUCGCAAACACUGUCACAACAAUCCAUCACGAUUUCUCUUCCAGGGUCGCAUUCGUCGAUCCAGAUCAAGCCGUUUGUUCCGGUGGCUCAAACGCAACGGCCUUGGCGGCUUUUUGUCACUGUCAACAACACGCGCAUCUCGGAAGUGUACCAGCCGCCGACGCAGCAGCAGGCCAAUUCAAGUGGUUCGCCGGAGAAGCCGCAGCAGCAGGCACGCGAGAAGGGGCACCCGCUCUUUGAAGCCAGGCUGCAGCCUGGUGUCAACCGGAUUGACAUAGAAGUGGUUGCGGGAACGGCACCGAUGCAGGUUCGUGGACAGCCGCCGCCGAAAGAGCGGGAUGCGGUCGAAAUGGAGAAGUGCACGGUCUUUGUGAACCUGAUGAGGGCAUAA